ACACACUAACGCAAUCCCCACCCAGACUUAAUAAAUUAGUUUAAACUAAUUUAAACAGUCACAAAACCAAUAGAACAACGAAGUCAGCAUUCAUAUUUCUUUAUGACAUGUUCAUCAUCAACAAUCUUUCAUUGAGUAGCGAGGCUCACCAGGAAAUGUCAGCAUCUAACGAAAUGUUUCAUGCUGUGAGUUUCGACUCAUCGGCUGAGCCUCGUGCUUGGGUUUGGACAUAAUCCAUCUCCUCGGGACCACUCAAGAAGUUGUUCUCACGGUGCAACGCAGUUGUCUUGUCUUGGGUGCUAAUGAUGGAUCACUGACAGACCACCACCACACAUAUACGAGCAGCUGCACCAAGUUAACCCUACCGCGUCCAUACAAACCUGGCAAUACAUUCCCCUUCAGCAAGGAGAGUGCAAAAACUGGACUUUAGCACAUAAACCACCUUCACUAACCCAUACGUUGACUUCAAGGACCUCUGUACCAGGGGCUGCUGGAAUUCCAAUAACCCAUAACUAUACCUGGAUUCUCCACCAAGCCACUGACCCAAACUAGGGAGAACCAUCACCAUCACAGACACCCUGAACAGUGGCUUUGAGUGGAAUUGGCAACCAUUUUGUUUUCUGAGAAGAGAUAAGACCUGCAGAGUGGGCUUGGCACCAUGAUUGACCUGAGUUACCUGACGGAGGAGGAGCAGGAGAUGAUCCUGUCCGUAUUAAAGAGGGACACAGAUCUGAAGAGGGCCGAGGAACAGCGUGUGAAGAAUCUACAAAAGCAAGAACGUGACAAGGGCAAGCUGAAGUACCUGACUGGAGAGUGGUUCUAUGAGACAAAGUCAAGGCGUCACAGAGACAGGAUCCAUGGUUCUGACAUCAUCAGAGCAUCCAUAAGUCGGAGGAAACCUGUGACCAUAUUGGAGCUUUCCCAGAUGUGGGCAGAGAGGCCCAGUUUCGUGAACAGUGAGAACCAGGAUGUGUAUGUUCCUCCAGAACUCUCAGGCCUUUUAGAGGAGCCACUGGCACAGCACAAGAACUACUACAGGGACGACAGCUACAAUCUGCCAGAAGUGUUGCAGUCCCCCACAAAGCAAAGACAGAACCCAUUCAACAGCACACCACUUACACCUGAAACUUUGGAGGAAACAGACAGCCAGUUGCCCAAUGAAGCAAUGGAGCAAACCAAGACACCUGACGGGGAGUUUCUACCACCAUCUGAGUUCUGCGUUGCUCAUCUAACUAACUUAAAAUCGAUCUGUUCCGAAAACAUCCAGAGUGCACCUCUGCGCAUGCCUGUCCCCAAAACAAGAACAAUCAUUAACAGAUCCCAGGACUCUCUCUUGGAGAGCCCAGCAGCCAGACAGGCCAGCAGCCAGACAGGCCAGCAGCCAGACAGCCCAGCAGCCAGACAGGCCAGCUUUCCCGCCCCUAGGAGCAUCCUCAAACAAAGUAGCUCCACUGACUUUCUUCAGUUCCGAAACGUCUGCAGCUGCCAGCCAGAACCACAAUGUCCACAAACGCUGCACUCCAGUAACGGGGUCUUAGAGCCAUCUUUAGACACCUGGCCUGCUAAAGAGAGAGAGACCCUGGUCUGGAUAGACAGGAAACAGGUGAGAUUCGGCCUAGCAGUGAGCAGGAGCAGCGUGGAGUGGCCCACUGAGAUGCAGGAUGGAAAGGAGCUGGGCGAACACAGUCUCCUGGAUUUGGACUGUACAAGCCCCCCAGAGGGAGAGGAGGAGACGGGGCAGUCAGACAAAAGUGGCAUCAACAGUGGUAUUGACCAGGGUGAUCACGGACCACUAAAGGAAGACAUUGAGGUUUUGACAGCUGUAGGUUCACCUUGCUGGCUCCAACAGCCCAUUCAUGAUAUGCAGAGACAGGUGGACAUAGGUGAGGGUCUGAGUUGCAGAGAGAAGCCAGAUAUAAGAUGCCUAGACACAGGCCCAGCCCAGGUCCCUGCUGAUCAACUUGACCAUCGUCAUGCUGAGUCCCUUACCCUUCAGGUGUCCGACAUCCGUUGUGCUGAGCAAGAGACAGGUAAGCCCAUUCUCUUGGGGGCCGCGGCCCAGGGGAUCUCCCCCACCACGAUAACAGAGGAGGACGGUCAAUCCAUGGCUAAGGUUCGCGACUGGUUCAGCUGGAACCUGGGAAGCUGUGACAAGCCACAGGUUCAGCUCCCCCAACAACCCAGUGAUGAACCAGUGACUCCUGUCGACAUCAUCACAGAUGAGAUGCCAAGUGAUGCUGCCUCUAAGAAGCCAUCUAGUCGUGUGUCUCCAAAGCCUCGGAGAGGGCUCCUAGGGAUAUUUAGUAGAUGGGAAGCAAGAGAAGAGAAAAUCCCUGAGCCGCAAAGCCCAGUUAAAGAGGAGGUGGUUCUCUGUGAACAGAAAGAGCUUGACGACACCACCCUGAACUUCGUCUUCUGCCAGUCCACUGUGAAUACUUAUUCUGACCAGCAGCAAGAUCUGCAUAAAUGUGCUACUGACAAACAGUCAGCUAAAAAUGAGAAGACACCGGAGGUUAGAGAACUAGUGCUUAAAAAAGAAAUAGACCAAACUCAACAGGAGCCACAGGGGAGUGCAUGUGGAGUAGAUGCGUUACCAGAUAAACUCUCCAACUUGAAAUCAUUUUGGGAAAGAGAAAUUGGCCCUAAAAUACUGCUCAGUAAACUAAGCACUGAUACAAUGAGGUGUGAAGUACUUGUCAGUGCUGGGGAUACUUGUGACCAAAAAAUUCAUGAUUUUGGUAAAGAUUUUGCCAAGGCUGAGACUGUUGAAGCAUCAUCAUCUUUUCAAAAUAUUCAGCUUCACCUCGACACUAGUGGCAUGAGAAAGUCCAAUAUCUUUGGAGCAAAAAGCAAUGAUAGUAAUGACUCACAUAGGCUGAUUAACGAUCCCUUCUCCCAAAAGGUGGAAACCUCAGAGCAGUGUAACAUAGACCUCAGUGCUGCUCUGUCAUAUGACGAAAAGUCCUCAUCUUCUGUUGAAAGUAACUACAUGUUAAAAACAUCAGGUGACAAUGGUACAUUCAGGGAUAAAUCCAUCCUUAUCUCUGAAGAUAAUUCCAGUUCAUCUGUGGGCUUGACAGUGCCUUCUCAGACAGUCCAGCCAGAUGAGAAGGUGGACAUUCCUUUACAUGUCUCUCCAUCCAGUACCCGCACAAGCCGGCAGGGGCGUGUCCCAGUGCCCCUUGUUAGACGUUCCCUCAGUCAACAGGAAAGCAGAAAGGCCAAGAUCAAUAACCUCAAGUCCUUCUGGGAGAAGGAGAAUAGUGGACCAAGGGUCAUUGUUGGCAAACCAAAGGAGGCUUUAGAUAGUCAAACCCAUCCAUUUUCAGAAACACCUCCAGUCCACCACUCAAUUGCCACUUCUCAGUCUAGUCUAAGAGCAAUUGAAACUGACCCAGGGAAGGGUGACUGUGACAAGCAAAGCUCUUCCUUAUACGGGGUUAAGGCCAGCGCCUCCGACUUGUCCAUGGCUGAAAGAAUAGAAAAGGGUUUCAUCAAGUGGAGUUCAAACUCAUCACUACCGAGUAGUCACUGUAGUGUUGGCGAUGUUGAUUCUAUAAAUCAGCAAGAUUCAUGUAAGAUGGAAGCAGGGCCAACCCUGAAUCAAGAAAGACCCUUAAGUCCUAAAACACCUCUGCCUAGAUCUGAAAUUCCAAAGUGGAAAGACAAAACUGACGAUGAACUUAAGAGAAGUCCUUCAAAGACCUGUCAUCCAAAAGUCCUGCCCAGAGGUUCAUCCACUUUCCAAGGAGCCAGGCGUGAUAGUUCUCCAUUUAAAUCCUUCUCCAUAGACAUUGCCUCACCCACAAGAGAGCAUCAGGAUGAUCCAGAGAGAGCAACACCAGUGGUUAAACAGAGAAAAGGACUCUCACAUGAAGCAAUGCAGUCAGGAUCAGAGUCCACCAAACAUACCCUAGGAAUCACGUCUACCUCUCCACAGUUUAGAUCUGAAGAGAAGGGUCAGGAUCGCCUGACCUUUCCACGUAGAGGCUCGGCACAGAGCUCACUAACUUCUAUGAUGUCCCCGCUAUCACCUACUAGGUCGCUCCCUUGCCCCUUCAGAAGGACCAGUUUAGGGAACCUAAGUGUACAGGAGGGCAGUCCUCACUGGUCCUCUAGGCCAAAUCAUGGGGACCCGCAUAUAAGAAGAGCCUUUGAAGCUGGCAAGAUUGGUCAACAGCCCAUCAAUAGGGAUCCUGGUGAAAGAAAGCUUUCGGGAGCAUCUGAAGUCUCUGAAACAUAUCUCCGCCUUGCAAGAUCUUUCAUUCCCCAGAGCAACCAACAUUAUUUGGGGCUCCCUGAGCAGACACACAUCCCUCAGUUUAUCUCAGAUAAAGUGGGGAAUGACCAUCUGAGUCCCACUGUCCCCACUCCAUUGCUCCUGAGCAUGAGAAGCAGUGAGGGGAGUCCAUCUUGGAUCAGUCCUAGGUCCAUGGAGAAUGUCGACAGUCGCUUAUCCAGAGGAAGCAUGCCUGAGAUCUGGUCUCAAUCUCGGGCAAGUUCAAGCUGUCAUGGUGAGAACUCAAGCCCUAUCAGGUUAGAGUUUAAACAAAUGUCUUCAAGACCCUUAUCCAGAAGUCUGGAGGACGUUUUAUCACCACCAAAACGAGAAGAGAGAAGUAUAACUGACCAAAGAAGUGAAAUGAAUCUAAAUGUGGAUGAUGUCUCUGCAGUGCCUCCCUCCUCCCUCCUUCCUCUCCGUCUCCCUCCUCCCUCCACCCUUUCAGUCCCGGAGCAGAUGAAGAAUAUGAGCAAGUCGGUGUCUGUUAUGCAGGAUGAGAAGGAUGGCAGAGACAGUGACAGCACCUCAGUGGAAAGUCUCAACUUCAGCUGGAAAAAGCGGAUGGGCAGUUCCCUCACUAACCUUAGCCUCUCCUCUGGCAUGGCGUCCAUGUCCUCUGUGAGCGGCAGUGUGGCAAGCAUCUACAGUGGAGUAGAUGGGGAUGUGGAAGUGAAGGGAACAAUCCGGUUUGCCAUGAAUUAUGUCCAGAAGCUCGGGGAGUUCCACAUCUUUGUUGUCCACUGCAGAGAUCUUGCCGUGGCAGAACCCAAGAAGAACCGUUCUGAUCCAUAUGUGAAAUGUUACCUCUUACCGGACAAAGCGAAGAUGGGAAAGAGAAAAGCCAGUGUGAAAAAGAAGACCUUGAACCCCACUUACAAUGAGAUCCUUAGGUUUAAAGUUACCAUGGAGACCCUCAAGACUCAAGCACUUAAUGUCUCCGUGUGGCACAAUGACAACUUUGGACGGAACAGCUUCCUUGGCGAGGUGGACUUGGAUUUGUCUGAAUGGGACUUUAGCAACACGCAGAUGAAUGAUUAUGCUUUGAAAGCAAGGAUCUCAACACAGUCUCUCAGUCCCUCUCACUCCCAAUCUAUUGACCAUAGAGGAGAGAUGAGAAUAGGAUUGCGUUUCCUGCCACAGAUCUCCUACAGUAAGAGGUCAUCCAAAACUGAGACGGGUGAGGUGCAGAUUUGGGUGAAAGACUGCAAGAACCUGCCUGCUAUCAGGGGUGCGAUCAUUGACCCCUUUGUGAAAUGCACCGUGCUUCCAGACACGAGCAGGAAAAGCCGACAGAAGACUAGGGUGGUGAAGAAGACAGCCAACCCCAUGUUCAAUCACACCAUGGUCUAUGAUGGCUUUCGGCCGGACGACCUACGAGAGGCCUGCAUUGAAGUCACAGUGUGGGAUCACGACCGGCUCACUAACCAUUUCAUUGGGGGCUUAAGGCUGGGCCUUGGAACAGGUAAAAGUUAUGGGUUAGAGGUGGAUUGGAUGGAUUCAACCUCUGAAGAAGCAAGUUUAUGGGAGAGAAUGAUGCAUUCUCACAAUGAAUGGGUUGAGGAUAUUAUACCCUUGAGAAUGUUGAUAAUGGCAAGAGGUUUAUCAAAAUAAGAUGGUGUGUGAAAAGUUGGAUGUCAAAAUGAGAAGAAAGUUGCUCAUUGGGUGUAUCAGUUUGAUGAAACUUAUAACCGAUAAUGUAAUCAGUAAUAUAAUCUCUCACUUUUUAAAGAGAAAGACCAUACAGGCACAUUGGAGUAUUGUGCUUGGUGCUUAGAUUCUUCUUAGAAUUACAUUACAAGUGUGUAUUUUAUUUUUUUGAAAGAUUAACAUUUUACAUAAUCAUGCUUGUUGUCAUACAGAUCAAAUACCUACUCAGAAAUUGUUAAGAUAUAAAUAGGUUGUUUUAAUUGAUUCAUUCCAAUGCAUAUUUAUCGCUAUUUGUAUAUAUUCCUAUAUAUGUUUUCAUAAUGUUAUUCCAUGGUAAAUUAACUGAAGAAAAUGUUUCCACUAUUGAUACAACAGCAUAUAUAAUCAGAAAUGUGGUGUUAUGUUAUCAUUGUUGUCUUUGUAAAAUACAUUUUUUCACAUUACUCAAUAUAGUAACAGCAUAUAUUUUUCAUCAAAGUUAAUGUUUCCACUAAUUCAGGCACCCCAACAAUAAAUAGAAUAUCACAUGUUGAAAUUUAUUUGGGGUGUGAAUUCAAUAGUAAUGGUUGUACACAAAGAAUGACAUUUUUCGCCAGCAAUUGGCAGGAAGCAAUGAGAAAAAUAAC